AUGGCCGAUCCGUCUGCGUAUCAACCAGCCGCUGCACCUGAAGCACCCAACCCAGUCCAGAGAAUGUAUAGGACUCCCACCGGCAAAGUCAUCACUGUUCCAGAUGCGCCGGAGCCGAUCGCUCAACGCCGACAGACGUUUCCCAACGAUGCGACCAUCGACACCGUCAUCUCGCCCCAGAGCAUUCGGCCGUCGAAAUCCCUCGUCACUCCUGGCCCAACGAGCCAGCGCCCUCCGUCGCCCGGCCGAGCAAACACAUGGCCUUCUGCACCGAAGAAUCGGCUCACAGCAUUGGAAACCCCGAUCGGAUGCCUGGGACACGUGGCCGCAAAGGAAACAUACCUCAUAUUAGAUCCGAGAAGAGUAUCCACCAUCUCCGGCGCCACAAUCUUCGAUAUCGGCACGACGCACGUGACGGAUACCGAGGGCAAAGCGAUUUUCUGCCUGCGGAAGAGUCGGUCGUUGUUGUCGUUGAGAAGGCAGUAUCACGUCCAGAAGGGGUUCAAGAUUCGCAAACGAAAAGGCGGAUCGAAGUUGACUGCGACGUUGCCCACGCCUGGCAAAGUGCGGGUGGAAAUGAGUUUUGGACAGCUGAGGUUGGCGCAGGAUGGGACCGUUGUGGCGGAGGUAUCGCAUGCUCCCAGGGCCGGGGGUUGGAGCGUUACGGUUGCGAAGGGGUUUGAUAUUGCCGUUGUGGUGGCUUUUGUUCUGGUGAGGGAGAUGUAG